GAGACGGCUGAGGUGAUAAGACAGGGGACGUCGCGUUCUCUGUCAAUUGCAAUCUCGGUAGUUGGCCUAGUGGCUCCGGGGUUGAAGCUGCCUAUUCGCUGGCUCUAGGCCAACAGAAGUCUUGCUGGUGCUUUUGUGAGCCGGUUGUUCGUUGUAAGACAGCUGUGAUGGGCUCCCGGGCGUCCACGCUGCUUCGGGACGAGGAGAUUGAGGAGAUCAAGAAGGAAACGGGCUUUUCUCACAGUCAGAUUACUCGUCUGUACAGUCGAUUUACCAGCCUGGACAAAGGAGAGAAUGGCACUCUUAGCCAUGAAGAUUUCCAACGCAUUCCAGAACUUGCCAUCAACCCACUGGGGGACCGGAUUAUCAAUGCCUUUUUUCCAGAAGGAGAAGAACAGGUGAAUUUUCGUGGAUUCAUGAGGACUUUGGCCCAUUUCCGACCCAUUGAAGAUAAUGAGAAAAGCAAAGACCAGAACUGGCCAGAACCACUUAAUAGUCGGAGCAACAAGUUGUACUUUGCUUUUCGGUUAUACGAUCUAGAUAAAGAUGACAAGAUUUCUCGAGAGGAGCUGCUUCAGGUAUUGCGGAUGAUGGUUGGUGUAAAUAUCUCUGAUGAACAGUUGGGCAGCAUUGCUGACAGAACAAUUCAGGAGGCUGAUCAGGAUGGCGACAGCGCAAUCUCCUUUGCAGAGUUUAUUAAGGUUUUGGAGAAGGUGGAUGUAGAGCAAAAAAUGAGCAUUCGAUUUCUUCACUGAUGGAUCAAGGCCCAUUCCUUGUUGUCCUGAUAUUUAAGGAAUAUAGUUUGUUCUACCCUCUUCUCUCCUGAGCAUUGCUUCUGGUGCAUGUGAGGUAUAUCUCCAAACCCUCCUCAGUUUGUUCCAUCAAUGUGAACAUUCCUUCUGCAUCAGAACAAAGGAACAUGGCUGCAGUGCAGCUUGGAAUGGAACCCCGAAAUGGCUUUUUCCUCACAGUUCUUUGCUUUGUUUUCUGAUUAUAAAUUAUUUCUUCCCAUGUACUGUAGUCUUCUACCAUCUUAUGAACUUUGACAACAAAAAUCUGACUCUGUAAUAUUUGUAUUCUCCAUUCUGUUUGUCUUGUAACAAAUUGCCUUUUCCUCCCUCCUUUGUUUUGUUUUAAUGUAGAUGUCUGACACUCUUCUAAACUUCUCAAAGUAAUGCAAGGCCAAUGGUUUUGUUUUCAGGACUAAGACUUGAAUGAUUAUUGUCUCAGAAGUGUGUCAAAUGCUAUGAAUUUUGUCCACAGGGAAUGGGAUGUUUGCCAAGAGUGUAACUUGCAAUUUUGAAAGCACAGUCCUGGGCUCUUGAACAAAACUGUUCCAUAGUCAGCUAUUUCUUUGUUGGUCAAAGUUCAAUGCCGUUCUGCUGUUUCUAUUUUUUGUGGUAUUAGUUGAUCUGAAUUACUUAAACUAUUCAAAUUUAUUUCUUGUGAUUUUAUUCAUUUUUCAGUGAAUAUUUGCAACACAUUAUUUUUGUUGUACAGCUUAUAGUGAAAGGCUUUUUAUACCAAUUAUGCCACUUGGACUUUAGUCUCCAGCAUGCAAUGUUGAAGUCUAGAGUGAAAGAUUGGAGGAGUACCUUGUCCCUACAAAUGAUGUGGAACAAUGUUUUUAGGAAAAGUCCUAGUAUGUGUACACCUUAUGACAAGAUACUUAAAAUGUUUUAUGUUAAGCACGCAUGCACACAGAUUAAGUAACAUUGCUAAAGUGAAUUUCGAUGCAACUUCAGCGCAGUAUAGAACUGAGGUUCAAAAAUAAUGUAAUGAACUUUCCAGGCUGGAUUAUCUUUGUUAUUAGUAAACGUUUUUGUUGUACCUAAUUAUCAAAGAACUUUGGCAACAGUUUUUCAUUGUGCAGUGUUGGCUUUCAAAAUGCAGAAAAUAUUUUGAGUAAAAAUCAGAGUUCAAAUACUUCUGACCCCUGCUACUUUUUGUAUAUCAGCAUUUCCAUAUGUAUUGCAUUUACUUAAAUCCUGUACAACUGAACGAUCCUUCAGAGUUGCAAACUAUUUUACACUUUUCAAAACUGCAGAAGAAAAUGUGUUGCUUUUUCAGAUCAACUGUAAAGUUGGAAGCACUUUGGGAACAAGAUUAAAGGGUGAUCUCAUGCAAACAAAACAUGUUAGGAUUUUGAUCACAAUGUAACAUAGGAAUUUUAUAAUGAGAAGGAAAAUGAUAGUAACACCAAGAUGUUAGAUUUUAUAGAUUGAAAUGUGCUUAUUUUCAAAUAAGCUAUUUUCCUUUGGCUCUGUAGCUGUAAUCCACAGUUGUGCCUUGUCAGAUCUAUUGUAUUCAUCAACAAUCCAUGAAUAAAAUCUUUCAAAAUAC